AUGAUCACAAAAUUAAAGCCAGCUUUCUCAAAUUUUGAAGAAUUUACACACACAGCAGACUCAUUUCCAAUAGAAGAGACCCCAAAAUACAAAGCCUCACAAAGUAAAUUGCUGACCGAAGAAAACUGAAACGAAUUCAUCAGCUACUUCCCAAGCAACCAAAAUUUUUCGAAAAAUCCUUUAAAAUCACCCCAAAAAUCCAAGCAGCUUGAGUGAGAUGGCACGAGUCCUCAGUCAUCCUCUCAGACAACUUGGUCAUGAUCUUGUCGCCAUGAGACAGAAGAGAAUUUAAAUUCGAUUGUAGAAAGGAUGGACGACAAACUUUCAAGUCUACUAAGUAGCCAGCAUAAAUUACUUUCAUUUUUGAUGGAUACUCAUACUGGAGAAACCUAUCAAGCUAAUGAUUUGUGCAAACUUAUGCAGCUUCGGAGAGAUAAUUCAAAACUCCAUGUAGAGAACUGUAGAUUAAGAAGGCAUCUAGCAAUGAUGAAGAGUUAA